AUGCGUACAAUCACUGGUGAGCUCAUGGUGUGUGGCAAUAACCCAGGUAUCCCAGAAAUCGACCGAGAAAUCUCAGCAGAGAACGACGUGGACUAUGUUUUCGCUCCCGAGGACAUGAUCCCAACUGGCACGUUCACGUUGGGUUUACUGGCAGAUGCAUCAAUCGCACUCCGAAGAAAAGGCAGUGCACUAGAGACAGUGAACGAAGAUGAACGCUCAGACUUCAUAGGUUCCACCCCCCGAGCACGACGCCACGCCCUAGACUCCGGCACCUCAUCAUCCGUCAAAGCCUUCCUCGUGACCCAGACAGACUCCCGCACCCCCCACGGCCCAGCCCACCAACCCCCAACCGAAAAACUCCUCAAAACAGUCCCCACCUCCCUCCGCAACCGCGCCAAAUCGCUCCAUGAACCGCAACCCCUCCCCUUCCGCUGGACCCUGCCACCCAACGUGCGCUUCCGCAUCGGCGACCCAGAAGCCUUUGCUGCCCUGCAGGUUAAAAACAUAGAAUGGUACGUGACCACUGGACUUCUAGUCGAAGACUUCACUGGUCUACGCUGGAAUGCAGGAAGCUACACGUAUCUUCUGUAUUGGCAUGUAGAAGGCAUGCCUACUCCUGAUGGUAGUGCGGAUGCAGGACGAAAGUGGUUGAGUAUCACCCAGGGAUUUAUGCGGGAUUGCCAGAAGGAGAAGUGGGAGAGGGAGUUUGGCGAUGACGUUUUGGUUGUUGAAGACGAGCCUGCAACGCCGAUUGUUGAGCGAGAAGAUUUGGGUUUAAUUAAACUCCCCAAUCCUGUUGUUACAGUGGGUAGUCGGCCGCCUACGCCGAGUCGAGAAAGAUGUCUUUUUCCAGGGUCAAAAAGCGCACUGAGAAGUAGCUGUCAGAGUAGGCCGGUAUCUCCUUCGCCUUCCCCUGUAUCCGAUACUGGGUCUGAGUCGCCGAGGAGAGAGAAGAAGGUAAGAUUGCUGAGGGAGAAGCGGAAGAGGUUUGUGGUGUUGGAAGUCGAUGACGACGACGAUGUGCCGGUAGCAGAGGAAGGUAAGUUUGUUGAGACCAUGGUGGAUGAAAUGGAUGUUUUGAGUGACAAUGAGGGGAGGACGGCGAGGAACUAGGGUUGACACGACCA